AAACAAAUUUGGUACGAGGCUAUCAUAUGUUUUGGUGUGAUACGUUCUUUUUUAUUAUUAAUUAUACAUGUCGGUAGCAACUUUUUGGUCAAUGGUUCCCUCUUAGGGUUCGGGAAGCAGCGUGGCAAAUUACUGAGAAACCAGUUGGAUGGGAGUGUGACUUACAGGACUUGAAAUUGCGCUGGGAUUUGUGUUUGCAGAAGUUUCCACGGCCAAUGAGUGACUGACUCAUACAGCAGCAGUACUAGACAUAGUGGCGGACAUUGCAACAUCGCUAGAUCCCAGUAAAGGUUCUGAGUGGGCACGGCGAGCAAGUUGAGUAAGGUCACCGGACCCGAAAUGUUAACUCUGAUUUUUCUUCACUGAGGAAGGAAGUGGUCUGGUUAACGGUCGGGACAAAGAAGGAAUUGUAUUUUAGCAACAUAUCAUCAAGCAGAUCCCAACUCCGCCCAGGAGGAGCAAGCCAGAAGUAGGUAGAUCUCAUCAUUUACCAGAAAUCCUUAACGCUGUAGUUCCUGGUUUCCUCUGUUCUUCGGAAGGCUACACGCACCAACUCUCAGAACUUUUCUUGGAGGAAACUGGAAAUAUUAAUUGCCUUUAGAGAGUGUGAAGAGCAUGGUUCCGGCAUGGGCUCAGGUUGUCGGAUUUGCCACAUUGCCCCAUCUGGGCGGGUUAUUUGGCUGGUAUCUGGUUCGGUCACAAGUGUCGAAUUGGUAUGAACAACUGAAGAAACCAUCAUGGCGGCCACCCAAUAAGGUGAUCUCUGUAGCUUGGGCCACUUUAUACACAGGAAUGGGGUAUGCCUCAUAUCUGAUAUGGAGAGAUCUAGGAGGUUUCACAGAUGGAGCACGCAUUCCACUUGGUCUGUAUGGCACUCAGUUGGCUUUGAAUUGGGCAUUUACUCCAAUAUUCUUUGGGACGCACAGGUUAAACCUGGCCUUAAUUGAAGCGUUUUGUCUAUAUGGCACUGUGGUGGGAACAAUGGUAUCCUGGUAUCCUAUUAACAAGACAGCCACACUACUUAUGGUGCCAUAUCUGGCUUGGCUCACCCUUGCCACGGCUCUUACCUAUUGUAUCUGGAGGGACAACCCUGAUAAGAAGAAGGAGAAUUAAGAAAAGAUCUUCAGUGAUUGGAAUGCUCACCAUCAUUCAUCCUUUCAUUCCAUCCUGAUAUCACCACAAGAUGACAACUCAGAGUUGGGGGGGUGAAGUGACCUGUUGUAUUUGUUUUAUUUUAUUUGUAAUGCUUAUUAAAAAAAUGCAGAUUUAAAACA